UACUUCUCACAUCAAAAUCUUAUAACUUCAUCCAAUACUUAAACAUCAAACAACAAAACCUAAUUAUUAUAUAUAAAUCUAGUAGUGAUGGAGGUCUUUUCCCAAAGCAAAAAUCUCAUUUUAUUUGUUGUCUUGUUAGCCACUUUGACCACAUUGGCACUAGGCCAAGGCACGAGAGUCGGGUUCUACCGUACCUCGUGCCCUAGGGUCGAAACAAUCGUGCAAAAUGCUGUCCAGACGGCUGUCCGUGCCAACCCCACAAUUGCACCUGGUAUACUAAGAAUGUUCUUUCAUGAUUGCUUUGUCAAUGGCUGUGAUGCAUCUAUCUUACUUAAUGGUGCUACUUCCGAAAAAACCGCUCCCCCGAAUUUAAACUUAAGAGGCUUUGAAGUCAUUGACGCCGCAAAGACACAGCUUGAAACCGCGUGUCCUGGAGUCGUCUCUUGUGCUGACAUUCUUGCCCUCGCUGCUCGAGAUUCCGUCACAUUGACCGGAGGAGUUGGCUGGUCAGUUCCAUUAGGCCGCAGAGAUGGAAGGGUUUCGCAAGCAAGUGAUGCCGCAAACCUGCCUGGUUUCAAUGAACCUAUCAAUGCUCUAAUCCGGAAAUUUUCAGACAAGGGCCUUAAUACCCAAGAUCUUGUUGCUCUAAGUGGAUCACAUACACUUGGAACAGCCGCAUGUGCGUUAUUUAGCUAUAGACUAUACAACUACAACAACACAAAUGGACCCGACCCGUCUAUUAACCCGUCAUUCCUUCCCACACUCCGAAACUUAUGCCCCAACGGUGGUGAUGGAACGAGGCGUGUGGCCAUGGACUCUGGCAGCGUAGGCAGAUUCGACAACACGUACUACGCAAUGUUAAGGGAUGGAAGGGGAGUGCUAGAAUCCGAUGCUGCCUUAUGGAAUAAUCCGGCUACACAAACAUUAGUACGACGGUUUCUUGGGAUAAGAGGACUUCUUGGAUUGACGUUCAAUAUCGAGUUUGGGAGAUCAAUGGUGAAGAUGGGUAAUAUUGAGGUGAAGUCAGGGACUCAAGGCGAAAUUCGUAGGGUUUGUACCGCUACAAAUUAAUUAGUUGAUUGGUUUUUAAAGAAGAUGAAAAUGUAAUUUUGAAAUGUGGUUGAUAGGCAUAAGUUGUUAAUACAAUCAUAUCAACUUUUAAUUUAGAACAAAUUAAGUGUAAUACAAUAAAUCAGUAAUAAUAAACUGUAAGUGUUUCGUCCA